ACAGCAGCAUGAAGUCAGUGGCCGCCCUCCUCCUGGUGGGGAUGCUUCUCCUCUGGACAGAGCUGCCGACAGGCAGCUCCUGGUCCUGCCCACCGGUCCGAAUCACCUGCGCGAUGCUCAACCCACCCAACAGGUGCUUCUCCGACCGGCAGUGCCCGCGCUUCCACAAGUGCUGCCAGUCCUUCUGUGGCAGGAGAUGCUUUUCCCCCAGAUCUUCCAUCCCCAUCCACCGAGUGUGAGCUCCUGCUCCCAGGACAGACCAAGGGCCUUCUCAGCAUCCCUGUGACCCCCUGCCACCAGCCCACAGCUCUGCCAAGGCUUGCCCUUCCUGAUGCCAGCUCCAAGGGGGAUGGGGAAGGCUACCAGCCCACACCCCAAGACCACCUCUGCUCAAGGACCACCCUGCUGAGUGCUGCCUGCUCUCUCUCUCCCACCACUUCCCCUCUGCUGUUUUAAAAAAAUAAAAGAGCUUGUCCCAGG